UUUUAGGUUAUAGUUUGCUUUUAAAUAAAUGUUUUCUCUCAUGUCAUUAAUAUGGGUCAUUUAUAUAAGAUUGUAGGUGUUUUAAUAACAUUUUAUUAUUUGACAACCAUUUGUGAUAGUGCGAAGAUAAACACUCCCAGGGUAUUACUUCCGUGGUUCGAAAAUUUGAAUGUUAACUUCACAUUUGAAAUUAUUGAGGGUGGUUGUUAUAGUUGGAGUUUGUCUCGAGAUGACAUCAUCGAUCUAGAGCCCUUGUAUGAUGAUACUUGGGGCCACUGUUCUCGCUCUGCAAGAGUAUCUGUGUCUAAAAUAAGUGUACCACCAGGAUUGGUGAUAAUUUUAGCUGAAGAUGUGAAUACCGGCGAAAUUCUACGUGGAGAUGUGGAUAUUGAUAAGAUAGCCUCUUUAAAAAUAUUGAGUACUACAAGAGAUCUUUAUUUAGAACAAGCACCCGAAGCUUUUGAAGUUGUAGCCUAUGAUGAGACAGGUAAUAAAUUUACAACUUUAGAGGGAGUGAGCUUCACUUGGACCAUUAGCAAUGUUGGGAGUAUUUAUGGUCAAAUUCCUUUGGUGAACCUUGUUCGAUGGAGUGAUACAGAUUAUGAAGCACCCAAAGGUGUUGAUGAGCUGGAAUAUCAGGGAUUGCAUUCUUAUUCAGUGUUGCUGUAUGGACAAGCUAUGGGCGAGGCCUUAGUGACAGUUUGCCUUGGACAAAUUUGUACCGAUUUGAAUUUACGAGUUGUUGCAAGUGUUGUUUUGACUCCUGCAACAGCUUUCAUUGUCCCCGGCGAUACUUUACGCUAUAGAGUCGUACGAGCUCAGGCUGGUCGUUUAACAAUGCAAGAUGUUGCGGACACACUAUACAACAUGAACGUUCCAGACAAUUCAGUUGCUGUUCUUGAAGAUACUAUAAGCCUUGUCCGAGGCGUGGAAGUUGGAACAUCCCUAGUUUAUCUCAUGUCAGGGGUCACUAAUGUUGCAACAGCCACAUUGUCAGUCGUUGAACCUUUUUCAAUCAGGGUGACAAUAAGACCGUCCAACUUGUUAAUACAUGGAGAUGUUUUUAUAAUACAUUGUAUUGUGUUUGAUGAAGAAGGUCAUGCUAUAACUGCAGGUCAAGAAAUGUUAAUUAGAUUAACAGUAGAAGGCAAUGCUAAUGUAGAUUUACUGAGGUCAACUGAGAAUGGAACGAUCACUGAUGCUAUAGCUCAGAAUGCAGGCGAUUUCACUGUUACAGCUAGACUGUAUUCUAUAGCUGGUAGAACUUUAUUGAAAACGGUCGAAGGGCAAGCUUCAGCUGUGGUCGUUGAUCCGUUAGAAAUCCUACCACCAGAACUUUUGAUAGCAUGGACAGACACAAUUCAAGAUGUUCAACUACACCAUCGUGGGGGCGGUAACGAAGACGUCACGUGGUCUGAAAGUGAAACUUCAAACUCGGCUCUCUCGCUCGCACCAACGGGCAUGCUCACUGUUCGGGGAGUCGGACAACUGGAUGUUCGCGUACAUCUCACAAAAUAUCCGCACAUAAGAGCUACUGGCAGCGUGCGCGCGGCGGCGGCGGAGGCGGUGCGCGUGUCGAGCUCGGGCGCGGCGCGGGUGGGGCGCGCGCACGCGCUGCACGUGGCGCUCACGCACACGCACCCGCUCACCGGCGAGCUGCACAACUUCCAUCGAUGUAACUGUGGCUCCUUCGCUGUGUCCCUACUGGAAGGUCCUGAGCCCCUAAACGUGACAGCUGCGACUUGGAUAGAACCUAUGGAUGGCGCGUGCUGCGUGCUGCAGUGCGUGUGGGCGUCGCGCGGCGUGUCGACGGUGCGCGUGUCGCGCGGGCGCGCGGGUGACACGGCGCGCGUGUUGGUGCGCGCGGCGCCGGCGCUUGUGUGGCCGCCGCACGUAGCCGCGCUCGUGGGCGCCACGCUGCCGGUGGUGGCGGAGGGCGAGACGCUAUCGCCUCAGUCCAGUGACCCGCGCGUGACCUCACUGAGCGCGCGUGACGAGACUAGUCCGCUACGCUACCCUGACGCACAGCUCUUCACCGUUACAUGUCGAAGGAAAGGCGAUGCCCGUCUCGAAUUAGUGUCAUUUACUGAGGACGAGAAAGAGUCCGUUGAGCUGGAGGCGGCGUGCGCCCCACACGUGUCGAGGAUCCGCCUGGAGCCGCCCGACACGCCUGGGAACUGUUCGGGGGGACCGAGGAUAUGGUUGCGACCAGGGCAAGAGGUGACAGUUAAAGUUACACUCUUCGACGCCAUUGGAAGGGAACUAUUAGAUGAACAAGGACCGAGUGUAUCAUGGGAGGUCCAACCGAACCAUGUUGGAAUAGAAUACAGAUCUAACGAUAGAUUGUUUGUUGAGACAAAUCCAGAGUUUGCUCCUGUACCAGUUCCUCAUAAAUAUUAUCAGCUUGUAGUGGCGAAUGAACAAGCAAUAGGAUGGAGUGGAGUGCUCAAAGCUGCUAUUCCUGACGCUGCGGCCACUAUUCAAGCUAAAGUCGUAGCCCCGUUGAAGUGUGAACCAUUAAAAGUGAAUACGGCAUGGGAAAGUGAAUCUGUCCCGAACAUAGCAACAAUAUCAGGAGGUAGUGGGAAGUAUGCAGUAGAGGUGCCUAAAGGAGUCACAGCCAGUGUAGAAGGCGGUAGACUCUCCGCAACCGUUCCAGCACCGGGGUCUUAUGACCUACAUGUGAUCGACUUGUGUGUAGGUGGAGAGAGGCAGCUUAUUGAGGUCAAUGUUGAAGAAGUUCUCAGUGUCGAAGUGUCAACAGCUCGUGCGGUUUGCGUCGACGGCUGCGUUCCUAUAAGUGCCUUGGUUAAAGGAAUAUCGCAUAGAUACUUGAGCACAAGCAGGGAACCGGAUUGGAAGUAUACCGGCCAAAUUGUCGUGAAGGAUGGAAACCUAUGUGGGUUGAAGGAAGGGUCUGGCCGAGUUCGUGCUUCCUUCGGUGGUGUUCGGAGUCCUGAAGUUGAGGUGGUGGUGUUCCCGGCGCUGCGCGUGGAGCCGCCGUCGGCGCGCGUGCCGGCGGGCGGGCGCGUGCAGCUGCGGCGCGCGGGCGGGCCCCCCGCGCACCUCGCCACGCUGCACUACCGCGCCACGAGCGGACAGCAGCACUUGCAGGUGUCGUCAUCGGGCUUAGCGCAAGGUUUGUCUACUGGAACUGCACGCGUAAAAUUGGUCGCACUGGACAUAGCUAACGUAGAACUAGCAAGUGCUGAGGCAGAAAUCGAGGUGGUACCCAUCGCGAACCUGCGCGUGCGAGCUGCCACGCAGACGUUGCUGGUAGGCCGGCCAGGCCCCGUGUGGGUGGCGGCGGGCGGUCUGUCGGCCAGCGCGCUGGGCUCGCUGCAGCCUGCGCCGCGCGUCACGUGGAGCCUGCGCGACCCCACCUCCGCGCGCCUCUACACCACGCACGUGGACGAUCUGCUAGAGAGGUCGGUGGCAGAAGGGCUGUCGGUGCGCGUUGUUCCUUUAAAGCCUGGCGUCAUUACGCUUGACGUACGAGUACGGAAUAUGGGACAGAUAGCGGAAACGAGAUCCUGGGAUAGUACAAUUGAAAUCCUUGGCGUAUCGGACAUACGGAUGUCAAUCGACGGUCUCUCGGACUUAAUGGCCGGUGAUCGCUUGGCUCUGGCAGUUGGCGCAAUGGUGCGCUUGAAGUCUUUACCAAGAGGCACUUGGUCCGCAUAUGAGGAUGGUGCAUUCGAAGUGAAUAACAUUGGUGAAGUGAGAGGAUUAAGACCUGGGCACGGGGUCAUUGUUGUAAAACAUAAGGACGAGAGAAAUAACAUUGACAGAGAAGCGGUGGUUCACGUGGAGGUGUCGAGGCCGCAGUACUGCACGGCGGAGCCGGCGGGCGAGGCGGACGAGGUGGGAGUGCGGCUUGUAAUGCGCAGCGCGCUCGGCCGCGAGCUACUGGCGCCGCAAGCCAACGUGUCGCGAGCCGCGCCGCGCGCCGACGGUGCCCCGGGUAAUGAACUGGUUAUGGCCGGCUUAGAUGCAGCCGGAGCGUUUAUGACCUUCCAAAGUUCUAUAGGCGGCACUACUGUCACUGACGAAGUUUGGGUUGUUGGUUCCGAUAUAAGCGCUAACAAGGUUACAGCCGCCGGCAGCUGGGCGAUAUGCCUCGAGGGAGUCGGCUGGCGAGCUCCUCCGCACGUGAGCCUGUACCCGGGCGCCGGCCUCACGCUGGCCGUGCUCGACGCGGACGCGCCCGCCCGGCACACCUUGCGCCUCGACCGCCCGCCCACCUCCGUCACCGUACACCAGAUACCCAUUCACAGGAUGGAGUUUCUACCAGGCGAAUGGCCUUCUUCAUUUGUACCCUUAAUCAUUGAAGGGUCCGGUCUCACAUCAAGUCCGCUUUUAUGUACAGAAGAACAAAAGUAUGCACUGGAAGGCAUUCAAGUUGAAUUACCCUAUUCUUGUCGUACAAAAACGCCCCAUACUGCUCAAGCAACACUGGAUAUUCCCAGUGGUCAAUUGGGUUGUUCAAUAGUGACAGCAAGUCAGGUCACAGUAGCAUCUGAGGUUGAACUGUGCGCUGAAUGGGGCGUAUCACGAACUUGUACUAAAGUGCAACUUCUACCUAAAAUAAAAGUAUCAGAAACGAAAGUAUCACUUCUAAACCCCCCUACUACCUUCACUAUAAACGGACAUCCACAUGCAUUGAAGUUUGUUAAAUUAAGUACAUCUCCGGGGUUGAAACUCGAAAUGAAUACGAAUGAUGGCGAAAUAAAUGUUUCGGUGAAAAGUGAAACAGUUACAUGUGGAAUCGGUUGGGUUAAUGUGAUAUCUAAGUUGACGUCACAAGAGAUGAAAGUUGAGGUUGAAAGAGAAUGUGAUAUUGCUUGUGGUACAUUACUCGGGGCAUUAUUAACACUUCUAAUGCCAUAUUUACCAACAUUAGUCACGGUAUUGGCUAUUGCAGCUGGCUAUUUAUAUGUUCAAUCGAGGCUCAAUAAAAAAGGCAAGAUCCAAAUGCCGACCGAGCCGGCUCAGCCCGUGGGGCCGGAGACGCCGCAGCUACGCAGCCGCACGUGGUCGCGCAGCCCGUACGCCACCGGCGGGCCCGCCGCGCCCGUCUACGGCGACACCAGCGUGUUGCCGGACGCCAGCUUCUCGCCCAACUCUACGAGGAUUCACUCGAGAUUCCUUUAGUGAUGAAUGUGUAGUGUAAACUAUUUAUUGUGACGUCAGCUAAGAUUCCAAAGUAUCGACAAUCGUGUUAAAGCUAUACGGGAAUUUAACCUAUGAAACUGCAAAUUACUAAAGAGACCAAUGUUUAAUCGAAAUUUUUUGAUAAUUUUAUUUUUUUAACUCAUGUCUCUAGUGUGUGCACAGGUAAAAUUUGAAGAAAAUAAAGUGUGACGUAAAUUAUAAUUUGUGUUCAAAAUAAUAAUGUAAAUAAUCAAUUUAGUAAGUUGGCUAUGAAUUGGAAAUUAUCAAAUAAUAUUAUAAAAAGUAAACUUUAUACUGCUAAUCUGUUAAAACUUUGCCAUUGGUCAAAAAUGUGUCUCGAUAUUUCAUGACUAUAUAAAAAAAAUAAACAACAUAUAAAUAUAAUAUAUGUCCGUCCUAAAACUAUAUUGCAUUUGUUUAUGUAUGAAUAAUAUUAUUAUGCCUACAACAAAACCUCAAUUUAAUUGUAUUAAUAUUGCUAAGGUAUAUGUAAAUAAGGUUAGACAAUUAUUAUUGGUGUUAACUAACCAGUUAUUUUACAUCCAAGCGUAACACAAUUUCUUGAAUUGAAUUUGACUUUUUGAAUUGACCCUGGUCAGUGUGCUCAGUAGAUUCCAAAGUAGUAAGAGUAAUGACAACGAAAACUGAUAGAUCAUUUAAAUGCAGUGUUAAUGUUAUCAACUCUAAUGGGCUUUUUAUGGUAUUCAUUUGUAUAACAUUUCCUAUGACUUUAUGUGGCUUGACGUGACAGUUCUAGUUGGAAUUGUUAAAUACGAUUGAAUCUUUGGAAACUCACUCAGGCCCGCUUCCUACCUAUGUAUGUAUGUGGCAAAAUUGAUGGUUAUGGUUUUUAAUAGUCUUAGAGGGAGAUGAAUAGAUUGAAAAUUAAACCAGUGGUAUAGGGAUAAAAUACAGUCUUAGUGUUUUUUUUUUCAUCAAAAAAAGUAAGUUCUGAAACUAUUAUUUAUAUCUGAUUUAGUCAUUAACUAGUUUUUUUUUAUUAUUUAGUUAUGAUGUUUAUUGUGAUAAUGAUUUGUGUUGAUGUUUAUUAAUAAUGUAAUAAUGAUAGGAUCAUAUUCUAAUAAUUCGCCAACUAUAACUAUAAUGAUAUCCAUGGGGACUAGCGUAGAAAAACAAAUGAAUUACAAUUAUAAUAUAGUACAGGCAGGCUACUUGGAACGAUAAAAAAAUAUAUAACUGGAUAUACCUACAAUAUAUAGUUUAUUGGUUGUGAAUAGUAUAGUAUGCGAUCCCUACAUACCAAUAAAUACUUUGGAAGUACAAAUGUAUAUUAUAUUUAUAAUUUUUGACUAAAAAAAAAAAUAGUUUGAACAGCAUUCCCAUGGGUUCAGGCAAAAAGUAUGUAUGAGCUUACUGACUUAAAUUUUUAUCUGUCACGAUUUCUAACUAUUAAAAAUACUAGUAUUAUCGCUUGUGGUAAAAAUCCGCAUUAUUAGUGUGUUUUCGAAUGAUAUUUUUAACAUGUAUUUCUUAGCAUAGUAUAAAAAAGAACUGUGGCUAUUUUAGUUGUUUUCAUAUUAAUCAAUACAUAAAAAACAUAAGAAAAACACUUUUUUUAAUUUAUUAUAUUCGUAAUUUGUGACAUUGAACACAUCCGUUAUCUUGUGCAUCCUUGUAGCACAGACGAUGUGAUUAUUCAUGUUUAUCUGACCAUGUUAUCAGCGUCGUAGCUAGAAUCAUUAGUGAAUUGGUAAGUAAUUUAAAUUUUGCGCCACUAUUUUUAAUACAAGUGUAAAAAACCUAUUAUUUAGGGUUCGGCACAAAUUUCGUGUAUUAAGUUGGAGGUGAUGUUUGUUAUAAAGUGCGCCACGCCCCUCGAAGGUUGGACGCCUUGGCAGCCUUAGCUACGACGCUAGGCUUUAAACGGGUUCCACGUGAUUAAAUUUUUCGUACAUUUACAAUUAGAUUAUGUUGUAUGGGCUCGAAUUUAAAUUCAAGGUCAGACGUUAAUUUUUUCAAACUAUAUUUGUUUCCUUGCAAAUGGCGCCGGCCUUCCAAAAUAGAGUUGUACUGGGGUUACUCAUUUUGAUAAAAAUGGCUGAGGAAGCAGAUAACGUAAUAGUUAAAAAUUAUAUUUACUCCGUUUAUCCGAUAUUUCAAUCCGCUUAUGCAAGAACAGACUUUAUUGUUUCAAUUCUGUAGUUAAUUGUACCGUGGUGGAUGAGGUAUAAGCUAAGCCGCUGUACAUUAUAAAGGUCCGCUUAGUUUCUCAUAACGACAAACUAUUGCUAUUCAUUAAUUGGACCAAAAUACAUCAUGAUGUAGACAGGGGUGUAAUAUUUCAUAAGAUUAUAUAAGUACAUUGAAUUUACAUAAGAAUUGAUAAAUACCCUAGUGUAAGUUUUGUGUUAUUUUAUGUGUUUGGUCAAAAUAUAUUGUUAGUGAUUUUACACAAAUUGAGCGUUAAUCAGCGGCGGAUUUACCAAUCGGUUGAGUAAGCUUAAGCCUAUGGCUGCCUACUUCUUUUUCAAUAAAAUUUUUUUAAUAAUUUUCAUAUUGAAAGGCUGAAAGCUAUGUAUAUUAUAUAAAGUCGACGGUGAUUAUAUUUUGUAUACAUACAAUUUAAUGUUGUGUAAAUCUCACUGCGUCACGAUUGAUAUCCAAUAUUACCUUUAAAAUGUGUCAAAGAUCUCAUGAGCAGUAUAUAGAGUAUUAUAAAGAAAAUGCAUAUUUGAACACUAACAAAAUUUUACAAAUGAUACUUGAU